GAUCAAUAUUCACCCCGAAGUUCUAGAAAACUUACACUGGCAUUGUUUUAACGUUGCACUUUAUCAAAAUAAUACGAAUACUGUGUACACAGUGCAUAGGAUUCCAAAAGGAGCCUACCUAUCCUCUACUUAAUUCGUCGGCGUAAUCAGCUGAUAUGUAUACAGGGUGAUCAAGAUUUCCGCGAGUGCGUCAUACUUUUCGCUUCACGAUUUUUUUGCAUUAUGCGUUCACUAAGUGUUCACGGGGAGCCGUUGCCCGAGCUCGGCAUCGCAGGUAUUCCGCGGGAAGACAACCCAGAUGCCGACAUGGCCGGGGCUCAGGACACCAUCUAUCUCUGCAACUUCCGCGUCUCGGUGGACGGCGAGUGGCUCUGCCUGAAGGAGCUUCACGAUAUGGAGAUGCAGGACUCGUAUAUUCGUCCGUCUGACACUGGAGCUAUAACAUCGCCGGAUGAUCCGAUGCAUUCGCUUAUGGCUCGAGACCCAGUAGUGAUAGAGCGCAGUAAUCUGGUGAACAUCUCCAAGUUGAUAGUGAAGGAGCUAAUUGAACAGUCGCUGCGGUAUGGCCGCAUGCUAGACAGCGACCACCUGCCUCUACACCACUUCUUCAUCGUUCUAGAACAUGUCAUGCGUCAUGGCCUGAAACCUAAAAAGGGUCUCCUAGGUCCCAAGAAAGAGCUAUGGGAUAUUCUCCAAAUGGUCGAAAAGUAUUCGCCCGAAGCUGCCGACAUAACAGCCAGUAUCAGAGAUUUACCUACAGUCAAGACCGCAAUGGGUCGCGCCCGAGCCUGGCUACGACUGGCCCUGAUGCAGAAGAGACUCGCGGACUAUCUGAGGAUUCUUCUAGAACAUCGCGAGGAAACUCUAGAGGAAUACUUCGAGCCUCACGCCUUGAUGUUGAACGAGGAGGCCGUGAUCAUAACUGGCUUGUUGGUCGGACUCAAUGUUGUGGACUGCAACUUGUGUGUUAAGGAGGAGGACUUGGACAGCCAACAAGGCGUGAUCGAUUUCUCGCUGUAUUUACGCGGCAGCAACUCCUCGCACGACCUGGCCGGCAAUGGAAACGGCAACAACGAGCCCAAGCAACGCCAUAUUAAUACCAUGCUCGACCAGAAGAAUUACAUUGAGGAGCUGAAUAGACAUCUCAAUGCCACGGUAGCUAAUCUUCAGUCCAAAGUGGAAAGUCUAACUACGACCAAUGCUCUCAUGAAGGAAGACUUGGCGAUCGCCAAAAACACGAUGAUCACACUGGUCGAAGAAAACAACCAGCUGAAACAUGCAUUAGGUCAGGACAUAACCAAAGAGAGUAGGAUAAAAGUGACUGAGCUGCCGCCGGAUGAUGAGGACAAAAAGAGCGUUAAAAGUAACACAUCGGACAAAUGUAAGACUGAGAAAGAGGCCGAGCUCGUCAAAAUGUUGGACGAAGAGAGGAAACGAACCGCUGAACUACAGAAGGAGAUCGAUUUACAGAUAUCACUCAAAGCCGAGAUGGAGGUCGCUAUGAAGUUGCUAGAGAAAGAUAUACACGACAAACAGGACACGAUAAUAUCCCUGAGGCGACAGUUGGACGAUAUAAAACUAAUUAACCUGGAGAUGUACAAGAAAUUGCAGGAAUGUGAAAGUUCCUUGAAACAUAAAACUGAGUUAAUAGCCAAAUUGGAAGCAAAGACUGAGUCGAUGGGCAGCACAAUCCACCAGCUGGAUGAAAAGUUAAAAGAAGAUAGAAAUAUUAGAAAAAAUCUGGAGGAAAAUUCUCGGAGUUUAGGCCAAAAGGCAGCUGCAGCGGAGAAACGAGUCGCGUCGGCGGAAAGCGAUCUGCAGAUAGAACGAGAAUGGAGAUUGUCGUUACAGGAAUCGAUGGUCAGGGAUCGAGAUCGAAUUUCAGCGCUACAGCAGGAAGUCGACGUCCUAAAGUCAAUAGGAGAAGUUAGAGAAAGGAAAUAUUUUGCCCUCCAAGAGGAACAGAAUAACCUUAAGACACAAUACAGUGAAGCGCAGAAGACUCUAGAAGAGGUGGGGGCAACUCUCAGCGAGAAAUCGCUUCAGUUAGCAGAGCUACUUGAGAAGGAGGCCCGGGGCUCCGACGAGGCGCCCAACUGGGCGAGCGAUAAAGACGCCACUGCGUGCACCGCGUGUAGUAAGGAGUUUACUAUAGCUAGGAGAAAGCACCACUGCCGUCGCUGCGGCAACAUAUUCUGCGGCGCAUGCAGCGAGAAGACGGCGGCUUUGCCCGGCAACACCAAGCCCGUGCGAGUCUGCGACAACUGCUUCACGGAGGUCAGACUGUCCUAGCACACUCAAGACUGAUAUACACGUUCAAUAGUCAUAGGAUAAUGUGUAGGUGUAUCUACAGUUGUAUCAGAGUGUUAAUUGUAUGGGGGCAACCCAGAAAAUUAAAAAGAUAAAAUGUCAACUACAAUACUGAGUCUCCUAAUAAUCAAUUCACGUUGCAACAACGUGAGGCGUAGAGAUUCUUUUUUUUUUAGCCUCUCUCUGCUAGGCAAAGGCCCUUUCAAGGUUUUUUCAUAUUUGUUGUUCUAGCGUUCUUUUAUCGCUUGUGUAAAUUUUGAACGCGAGCCCUACGUUGUGGGUGACAAGUCUGUAAAUGCAAUGUUUAUUUUCAUGAGUAGAAAUAUAGUUCAGUGUUUAAUGGCUCAUUUUAAAAUGCAUCCUAUUGCAUCGACGCGUCACAUUGCGACACUAGGACGUGCUACGCCACUAGAAUAAUUUAAUCAUUGCUUUAUUUUGAAUUUUCUAUUUGGUUAUUUUAUG